AUGAUGGAUGAAGAACUAGCCGAGUGUGUCUACAAAACUUUAAAGGGUAGGACUUAUCUCAUUGUAAUGGAUGAUAUGUGGAGUACAAAAACUUGGGAUGAUGUGAGGAGAUUUUUUCCGGAUGACCAGAAUGGAAGUCGGGUCUUGAUAACCACCAGGCUAUCUGAUGUGGCUGUGUAUGCAUCUUCAAGCUCACUUCAUCAGAUGCGCUUCUUAGAUGAGGAGUGGAGCUGGAAUCUACUUCAUGACAAGGUGUUUGAACAACAAAGUUGCCCACCUGAAUUAGAGAGAAUUGGCAGAAAUAUUGCUCAAAGCUGUGGCGGACUUCCCCUUGCAAUUGCUGUGGUUGCUGGAAUUCUCGCAAAGGUGGACAGGACCCCAUAUCAUUGGGAGAAGAUUGUAGAAAAUAUAAGCGCAGCUGUGGCCUCAAAUGAUGAACACUUCUCAAAGAUAUAG